CAGCAAGACCAGAGCCCUUCUUGUUGCCUACACUGUCCAUGGAUUUUGUUGCUGGGGCCAUUGGAGGAGUCUGCGGUGUUGCUGUGGGCUACCCUCUGGAUACAGUGAAGGUCAAAAUCCAGACUGAGGCCAAGUACACAAGCAUCUGGCACUGUGUCCGGGACACAUAUCGUCAAGAGCGGCUGUGGGGAUUCUACAGAGGCCUCUCACUGCCUGUGUGCACCGUGUCCCUGGUGUCAUCUGUAUCCUUCGGUACCUACCACCACUGCCUGGCCCACAUUUGCCGCUUCCGGUACGGCAGCACGGACGUCAAGCCCACCAAGGCUGACAUCACACUCUCAGGAUGCGCCUCUGGCCUUGUCCGGGUGUUCCUGACGUCACCCACUGAGGUGGCCAAAGUCCGCCUGCAGACACAGGCCCAAUCUCAGACACAGCAGCGGCGACCCUCGGCCUCCUGGACAUCUGUGGCUCCCGCUUUGUGUCCAGCACCCACUGCUUGCCUGGAGCCCAGGCCUAAGUACAGUGGGCCACUACAUUGUUUAGUCACAGUGGCCCGAGAGGAGGGUCUGCGCGGACUCUACAAGGGCAGCUCGGCUCUACUCCUUCGUGAAGGCCACUCCUUUGCCACCUACUUUCUCUCCUAUGCUGUGCUCUCGGAGUGGCUCACCCCUGCUGGCCAGAGUCAGCCAGAUGUCCUAGGUGUGCUGGUGGCUGGAGGCUGUGCCGGGGUCCUGGCCUGGGCUGUGGCUACGCCCAUGGACGUUAUCAAGUCCCGCCUGCAGGCGGAUGGGCAGGGCCAGCAGCGCUACCGGGGCCUCCUGCACUGUGUGGUGACCAGCGUGCGGGAGGAGGGUCCCAGAGUGCUCUUCAAGGGACUGGCACUCAACUGCUGCCGCGCCUUUCCUGUCAACAUGGUGGUCUUCGUGGCUUAUGAGGCUGUGCUGAGGCUCACUCAGGGCCUGCUCACAUAGGCACUGGUCAGCAGCAUCCACGUUACACAGCAGCCGGAGGCAAGCUCAGGAUCCCACAGGACUGUCACCCGAACAGCAGAGGGCCUUCUGUGCUGUGACUUAGGGGAGGCCCGAGUUUAGCCAGCCCAGUCGCUGACCACAGUCAGGGAGUUUCAUCUGCCAUCUGCUUGGUGGCCAUGAGUCAGGAUGGUGUGAGUCUUCUUGAGGACACGUGUGUGUCACUUGGGAGUCAUCUGUCAUCGAACAACUGUUCAUUCCUGUUGGUACAGCCAUGCCCACACUGAUUUCAGAGCAUUCCCUUGCCAACCCCUAACCCCAGUUCCACUCAACAUUCACCGAUUCACACUGUCCCCUUAGAGGGAGGCUUGGGACAAGACAGCAAGCUGGUUACAUCUGGCUACAGGCUGGGCUGGUCCCAUCCUAGGCUGCUCGAGAGAGCCCACGUUCUCACUGACCCAAGGAAUCGGUGCAGGGUAUCACCAUCAAAGUGCCAUACUGCCUGCAGGUGCUGUGCCGGUCACAUGAAGGUCCUGGAACCUGGUCCAGGACUGGCUGUUAAUAAAUGUUUCUGUGCUUGCU